UCUUCUAUAGCGGAGUCGUUACCACAGCUAAGUGACGUCAUGCCGGCAUCCAGCAGCCUCAAAGUCACGUGGUCAAACGCAACUCGUAAUGCGCAAUGUACGAUGCGCGCUAGACCUCUAGCUGGAGCGUCACGUGACUGGGUGACGUCAUCAGGCUCUAGUAGUUCAGCCUCGCUGUCGUGCGUAUUGGAUGAUCUUGAGCCUGACACUCUGUACGAGGUUGAGGUCACUGUGUCGGUGCGGGAAGACACGAGGCGUGACACGGUGUACAUCAGGACCACCCCCACAGCUGUCGAGGUAAAUGAUCAGAAUUCAACCAUUGUUGGUCUCGCUGUGCUGGUCGCCAUCUUGUUCUUGGUCAUCAUUCGUCUGUUUGUCUACAUCGCGGUGCUGAAGAGGGCAGGUCUAACAGCAAAGAGAGAAAGAUCUGAACCUGAUAACCCAGGCUACUCUGGAUUCCAGAAUGUGGCGAUGCAAGAAAACGUCAACCAAGACCAACAUGUAAUACCAGAGAUGGUAGAUAAUGAGGUCGCCCCAUCGGAAAUUAGGGGACCCACCCCUGACCCCAUUCCACAAUACGAACCAGUGAACAAUACACAAACACGAUCACCGACCCAUAGUAACGUCACGAAAUGCGAAGAUGUAACGCAAGGGAGCAAUGUCGCGCAAUACGAGGAUGUAACGCAAGAGGGCAAUGUCACGCAGUAUGAAGCUAUGAAUAGACAUGCAUCACGUGAUCGGCAUGUACCAGGCAAUCGCCAGUACGAUUGCGUCGAUAGCACGAGAAUGAGUAGACAGAAUCCACCCGCGAGGAGAGCAAGGAACGACACAGGUGAUCAAGGCGAGCCAGGUUAUGAGAACACAAGAAAUCGAGGUUUACCACCUGAAGUGUACCAAUCUUUACAGGCGACGACACAACACAGCGAGAAUGCGCAGUACGCCCCAAUGCAUCCUGGGACACGCAUUGCGGCCAGGCCUGGUGGUAGGGACGAGAGGGGAGUAGGCACAGACAUAAGAGGGAGUGAGUACCAGGAGUUGCACAGAGCUAAAACCACAGAUCCAUGUUAUCAGCGGGUAGGCAGUAGAGUCACUAGCGCAUAA